UCACUUUUUCCAUCACUCCCUACUCAUCAUCAUGUCAGUCUUUACACAAAACGCCAAGCUGACUGCCGAAAGCAAUCCUCGUGAUUGGGCUUAUGAACUUGCAUGUUUGCCAGCGAACGCAAGUAUCGUAUUUACCAAAGACUCGUUCUUACGCUUUCUCAAAACGCACAACAUCGACGUUUCACCCAAUUACAUCGAAAUCAAUAAAUUACCAAAAUAUGCUCAAAUUGGUACGAUGGCAUCUGCUCAAGCUCAGGCUACAACAUCAAAAGCAGAAGUGAACAAACUCACUAAUCAAAUCGCAGCAGUCCAAACAAACGACAAACCACGUUCUGCACCUACACCAUCUGCCGUUGUAUCUCCUCCUGCCGUUGAAGCAGCACCAGCUGUUGCACCUGUUCCUAUUCCAGCAGCGGCAGCAGUAGUACCAUCUAUGCCUGAACCGCAACCAUCUGUACCUCAGCUUACACCUGCUUCUCGUCGUGAUCCUACACUUCCGCAUAAUCCAGACGUUGUUACGCCAGAUGGAGAGGAAUUCCGUCCUACCCGUCGUGUUCGUGAACCGAUCGGAGGAGGAUCAGCACAAAUUACUGCUCUGUUUGGAGCGGUCGAGGAGGAGGAUUAUACCGCUGAAGCAGCACGUGAAAGUGCACGUCGUCGUGGAUUAUUGCAAGAGAAUACGCAAGAACAAAACACUUCUUCCUCUUACCGCAACUCUGAUCAGCCGCCGUUCAAGACUCAAUUCGAACAAGACCAAGACCAAGAAAGUGUACCUCCUAACAAGGUCUUCCGUCCUUCCCGUCGUGUGCGUGAGCCAGGUGGCACGGGUGGUUCAUCCAGCAUCGCUUUGGGUUGAAGUUUUCAUACCAAUACACCUUUCAGAUACCAUUGCUAGAAUUGAUUUAUUCAAUAGCAUUCUGCCAUAUCAGUUUUCCGCUUUUGCCUUCUUCAGCUUUUGUGAUGAAUUUGAGAGGUAGUAUUCCAGUAUCGCCCUGUCCACUCGUUAGAACUGCUCCAUUCGAAGCCAUUGAAAAGGGAAUAUCUCCCUGCCUCAAAGCGGCGACAAUAUCGAUAUGUAGAAUUACUUGAGAAGAAGAUCGCAUUCCGCUAAUUACGUUUGAAGAACCCGGCCUUCCUUUGGCAAGAUGGAUAUGAUUUCUCUUCAUUCGAUUCAAGCCGCCGCUACUCAGUAUCUUUUCCCAUGCUUCUUUGUUUGUGCCAUGCAAGAUUUCGACGCCGGUCGGAAGUGUGUC